AUGGCGGCAGCAGCUAAAACUCACCCCCAAAAUCUCCCGCUUCUCAUCACUCCUGAAACAUUCCAAGACUGUGCCUACAAAGCUACCAGUGCCAACACAGGUUUAGGACUGGAAGUGACCAGCCAUUUCGCUCGCCUUGGGGCUGAAACCAUCAUUAUGGCGGUACGCAAUCUCGCUUCCGCCUACUGUGCUCUAGCUGAUAUUGAAUCAUCCACUGGAAUCUAUGGUGUGGCUUAA